CUCUACUCCUCCAGAGCAGCUGUGGCUACUUGGAGCAGCUCCAGUGUUUACGUCCAACAAGAGGAGCGAUCAGCGAAAUCCGUCGGUGGACAUCUCUGUGUGCGACGAGAGUUAACAGAGCUGCAUUAUCGAUCUGGAUGGGGACCGAUGUUAGCCUGUAGCUCAUGUUAGCUACCAAACAUCAACAGGAAGCAACGGGCUAAGCUAAUUUCCAAUGUCUUGCACUUUGAGUUCUCCAGGCAUGAACUGUACCUUAGAGAAGGUCUUGGCAGACGCCAAAUCCUUAGUGGAAAGACUUCGUAACCACGACAAUGCUGCUGAGAUGUUAAUCGAACAAACCACGUCCCUCAACAAGCGAGUGGAUGCCAUGAAACAGUACCAGGAGGAGAUUGAUUCAUUGAACCAGGUCGCACGACAUCGGCCUCGUUCCAGUCUGGUCCUUGGAAUCCAGCAGGAGAACCGUCAGAUCAGGGAGCUACAACAGGAAAAUAAAGAGUUGCGGUCAUCGUUGGAGGAACACCAGUCUGCGUUAGAGCUCAUCAUGACCAAAUACAGGGAGCAGGUGUUCAGGCUCCUCAUGGCCAGCAAGAGGGACGACCCUACCAUUGUGACCCAGCUGAAGGAGCAGCACACCACGGAAAUGCAAGCACACAUAGACAAGAUCAACGAGAUGGCCUCUGUGAUGAGGAAGGCGAUAGAGGUGGAUGAAGGGCGGAUAUGUGAAGAUGAGGAGAGGAUAAAACAGCUGGAGCUGGAGAACAGUGGACUUCGAGAGCUGCUGGGGAUCAGUCGCAAGGCUUUCCUCCUUCUGAAGAGAGAAGAAGCAUCAGAGAGCACCUCGCUGUCGCCGCUGCUGACCAGUGCUGACGUCAGCUUACGAAAAAGUUAAAGCCCCACAACUUCCCCUCCAACUGCUGCCACUAUUGUGUAUAGUAUGUACAGUCCGUUGCCACCAACCACUUCACCUUUUAACCUCAAGACUCUUAACAAUCCUCCUCCUCCGGCUGUAUUUACUGCAUAGUGCUACGGAGUUGCAUCCCUGUCUGGUGAUUCAGACACUAGCAGUGUGCACACAUCUUUCUUUUCUUUUUUUUUUAAUCGUUGGUACUUGUGUUAUGUUAUGUUUGCCAGCAUGCAUGGACCUGUGGUGCCUGCAAGGUUUGAAAGUGUGAAUGAGUAAAAGAAGGGCUUGAUUUAAAAUAAACCUUUAAAACAUGAAA